CUCUGCACACACACAGGGCCAGCUCUGCUCUGCACACACACAGGGCCAGCUCUGCUCUGCACACACACAGGGCCAGCUCUGCUCUGCUCUGCUCUGCACACACAGGGCCAGCUCUGCACACACAGGGCCAGGCCAGCUCUGCUCUGCUCUGCACACACACAGGGCCAGCUCUGCUCUGCACACACAGGGCCAGACCAGCUCUGCUCUGCUCUGCACAGCACACACACAGGGCCAGCUCUGCUCUGCACACACAGGGCCAGGCCAGCUCUGCUCUGCUCUGCACAGCACACACACAGGGCCACGCAUAUCUCCCUGCAGUGGGGGGAGUAGCAUUACAUCUGUAGGUAAAGCAGGCAGAGCAUCUCACCCAAAUCAGAGCAUUAUUCUGCAGCCCGACAUACAGAGCAUUCAGACCCAGGAGCAGAGCAUCUUGCCCUACUUACCCCUGGAGCAGAGCAUCUUGCCCUGGUGACCCCCAGGAGCAGAGCAUCUUGCCCUAGUUACCCCCAGGAGCAGAGCAUCUUGCCCUAGUUUCCCCCAGGAGCAGAGCAUCUUGCCCUAGUUACCCCCAGGAGCAGAGCAUCCUGCCCUAGUUACCCCCAGGAGCAGGGCAUCUUGCCCUAGUUACCCCCAGGAGCAGAGCAUCUUGCCCUAGUUACCCCAGGAGCAGAGCAUCUUGCCCUAGUUACCCCACGAGCAGUCUGGAAUAAAGGAUCCGGGGUGUAAAUCUCCCCCAUCAUUGGGACCAAGCUGUUAGCGCAUGGAAUACAAGACUGGGGGGCUGUGUGACCCCACAAACUGCACAGGGGGACAAGAGGAACCCACCUGUCCGGACAGUCCCUUUCUGAGGGUUACAGACUCUCCGAGUUCACCCUGUGGGAAAGGAAGAAUUCUGUGUCACCACCACUGUCAGCGAUGGGAAUUGGUUAUUGUGUUUAAUUUCAUUACCAGUGCCCUGUAUACACGGCGGACACUGUCCUGACUGGGUGCCAAUGACUUGGAACUCUGCUCUGUCCUGGAAAUCAAAGGACACAGCGUGUGGUCUGUGUGCACCAGAGAUGGCCUACAUCCCCAUGUACCUCAACCCAGCCGUGCUGGUUCUCUUCAGCUGCGACCUGUGUCUGGUGCGAGGAAGGCAUUUAUUGUCAUUUAUUUUAUUAGACAGACCCCCAUCUCCGGUCAAUGUGACGGUAACCCAGCUGAAGGCCAAUUCUGCCACCGUGUCCUGGGACGUUCCUGAAGGAGAUAUCAUAAUAGGAUAUGCAAUCUCCCAGCAGAGACAGGAUGGACAGAUUCACCGGUUCAUACGAGAGGUUAAUACAACCAACCGUGCCUGCGUGCUCUGGGAUCUGGAGGAAGAUACGGAUUAUAUCAUUCAGGUCCAGUCUAUCGGCUUGUACAGCGAGAGCCAAGCCAGUAAGAGAAUCCACUUCCGUACUUUAAAGGAAACAGAUCGUUUACCAUCCAACAGCUCCAACCAAGGAGAUAUCACUGUGCAAGGUGUGGACAAAGAACGCCAGUUGGAAACUGGAGAAAUCAUUAUCAUUGUGGCUGUGCUACUCAUGUGGGCAGCGGUUAUCGCUCUCUUCUGCCGACAGUAUGACAUCAUUAAAGACAAUGAUUCCAAUAACAAUAAGGAGAAAGCCAAAGCAUCAUCAGAGCAGAGCACGCCAGAGCGGCAGACAGGAGGGCUACUGCGAAAGAAGAAGACACCAUCGGUUAACAUCAUAGAAGUAUAAGAUAGCUGUGUCUGCGCUACAGGGUAACUUUCUCCCCCACACGAUGACAAGGGAUCUGGACCCCCACUGUACCAGACGGACAAGAGCAGCACCUAUAACCGAAGACAUCUUAUAGCAAUACCACUAGAACUCUGCGGAGAAUACUCAAGGGCUCAUCCACCCCAUCCUCAAAAACCACCACAGAGAUCUCCCGUUCCGUGGGAGGCCUGAACUACAGCAUGGUGAAAGCAUGUGCAUGUCCUUAUUAAUAGGAUAGAGGAGCCGGUGAGGAGUCCACGAUACUGCAUACACAUGCUAUCAGCUGUCACCACACUGUGUCAAGGGAUGCUGGUAUAACAGGUCACCGAACCUUGGGGCUGGGUGAAGGAGAUUACUCUUUUCAAA